AUGAGAGCGGGUCAGCAGCGCGAACAGCGCGAACAACGCGAGCAGGAGGAGCGCCGUAGACGGCAGAAAAGACAAGAGCAGCGACUGCCGCCGCCGCGCAACGGACGCGUGGGCUCCGCGCCGCCGGCCGUCCCUCAGCACUAUAUGGGGCCCGCACCGGGCGCUGUCCCUGUGAGCCGAUACGCGCCGAUUCCUGCCGCGCCAGUAGUGCGGGUGCCCCGGUCGCGCCCCGCGCCCGCUCCCGCAGCAGCAUCAAUGCCUGCGGCGAUGCCCGUAGCGGCAGCCGCGCCACUAGCAUACAGCCCAUCGCCGCCACAGCCUGCCCCGGCGCCCGUGCCGAUGUCCGCGCCCACGACGGCACGCAAUUCCCUCGAAAGUGAUACACAGCAGAGCUUCAAGGACACGCAAAUAGCGACGCAGCUCUUUCAAAACCACGACGUCAAGCAGCGCGGACGACUCACCGCAGCGGAGCUGCAGAACCUCCUCCAAAAUGAUGAUAACAGCCACUUCUGCAUAUCGUCCGUGGACGCACUGAUCAAUUUGUUUGGCGCGUCGCGCUUCGGCACGGUAAGUCUCACGGAGUUUAUCUCGCUGUACAGGCGCGUCAAGAAGUGGCGCAAAGUCUAUGUGGACAACGACAUCAACGGGAGCUUUACGAUCAGUGCCAGCGAGUUCCAUAACAGUCUCCAGGAACUCGGCUAUCUCGUCCCUUUCGACGUGAGCGAGAACCUGUUUGACCAGUACGCGGAAUUCAUCGAUCCUGGCAAGAACGGCAAAGAACUCAAGUUUGACCGGUUCGUGGAAACCCUCGUUUGGCUCAUGCGGCUAACCAAAGUGUUUCGCAAGUUCGACACGAACCAGGAGGGUGUCGCCACGGUUCAAUACAAGGACUUCAUCGACGCGACACUGUAUCUCGGCAGAUUCCUGCCGCAUUAA